AUUUACAUACGGGAUUGCCUUGAGAUUGGAAUUAUGGGUAGUGUUCCUUGACAACUGAUUUCCGUGCAAAUCUUGAAUGAACUGACAAACGUGCUGCUGGUGAAGCCACAUUUUCGCACUUUUGCAGAGCAGUUCAAUACUCCAUUCUCCGUCAUGAGUCGUCUGUAUGACACAGUGGAACCAGCUGUGGUCGAUGAGGACAUGCUGCAGAAGGCCGUUGAAGAGCAAGGUCCCAAGGAUGAGGCAGGACGCAUUGCCAAGCAGGAAGGAAUUGACUUCACUGAUGUCACACAGCUGCGAUUGGACUUCAAAAACAUACUGAAGGUCGACAACCUGUGGCAGUUCAAGAACCUUGUGAAAUUGCAGCUGGACAACAACAUCAUUGAGAGGAUAGAAGGUCUGAAUACACUGAAGAACCUGGUGUGGUUAGAUCUGUCCUUCAACAACAUUGAGGUGAUUGAAGGCCUGGACAGCUUGACCAACCUGGAAGACUUGACCCUCUACAACAACAGAAUCACAACACUGGAGAACAUGGACAAGCUGACCAAGUUACACGUCUUCUCCAUCGGCAAUAACAAUCUCAACACUCUGGAAAAUCUGGUAUAUCUGAGAAAGUUCAAGAAUCUUCAGACACUGAACUUGGGCGGGAAUCCUUUCUGUGAGGAUGAGAACUACAAGCCCUAUGUGGUGGCUCAUGUCCCAACGUUAGUCUACCUGGACUUUAGAUUAAUUGAUCAAAAUACGAGGGCAGCUGCAAUGGAGCAGUACCGAUACGCCAUCGAGGAACUUGUAGCGGACGAAACGGCCUUGGAAAGCAAACGCAUCGAGCAGGAAGAGCGGAAUAAAGAAUUCUCCAGACAGAAGGAUGCCUAUGUUGAGAACCUUGAUGGCCCCCAUCUCUUUGACAGCAUGUUCCACGAUGACCCUGAGGCACCUAAGCUGGCUGCCCUGCCCGGUGUUGAUGAACUCCUUGUUGUCUUCAAGGAGAAGAUGGUAGGCAUCUGCAAGCAGGUCUUUGACCACGGCCUGGCAGAGCACGCCAAGAGACAGCGCGAGGUGGAAGAGUUCUACACCUGCGUGAAGGAGGCCAAGGUGGAGAACAAAGACAUGGGCAUCGUUAAGAUCCAGGAGUUCAACCGCUACAAGAAGAAGGUGUUUGCCGACUUUGCCCUGAUGAGUGACCCCAAGAUGUUGGAGGACAAGGUGGCCGAGUUCAAGGGGGAGGUGGACAAACUCUGGGACACCCUAAUGGGCUAUGAACUGCAGCUCGUCGACCAGCUAGAGGACACAAUCAAGGAUUUUGAGCGAGCAAUGGCAGACAUGGUGGCUGUAUUUGUUGAGCAAGUUCAGGGAUUGAUAUCUCAGAUUCGAGACCUUGAAAAUGUCCACCACGAGAGGGUUUUGGAGAUUGCCAUUAUCACCUUGGAAAAGUAUGUCAAAAAUGAGCUGGAUGAUGAGAUACCUGAAGAACUCCGAUUGCUAUUGGUAGACAAAGACACCAUCACCAAUGCCGUCAGUGCCUCCCACGACACCCACAUGCUUAAGAUCGACAACCGAGAGGAUGACAUCAUCCAGCGAGCCAACGGCUGGCUGGCCGCUCUGAUGGAGCGCAUCCACCAGGAGGAGGAGGUCGCCCGCAACCGGGACCGCGUCAAGGAGAUCAACAACUUCAUCGAUCACCUCAGGGAUGAGCUGGAAAACUUGGACCUCCAGACCGGCAUGUGAGGUACAUCAUGUAUCUCAGGGAGGCAGUCCACCCGCGCAGCGAUGUGUUAAAGACCCUGAAAAAAGCGAUUCGGGCAGAUCAUGGCAAGACAACCCCUGUUUUACAGAGGAACAGUUUGUAUGAACACCAUAUUCAUGGGGCACUUAAAGUUGUCACCUCAUGGAACAUAUUGAGGUUCAUCAUGGCAAAGCUCAAGAGCUAGGUUAAAAAAAUGUUGCACUCUAACGGCAGACGCUGUAGAGUGGCCGUCACAUGAGAAGGGUAUUAUAGGUUCAUCCCAGGGAAAGGUUGAUCUAGGGAUACAGUUCAACUGAAAUAUAGAUGAUUUAGGAAGACCUCUCCAAUUUCAUCUCAGAAAUGUUGUGCCACAUUUUCCAGAUGGCCAUUAUAAAUUGUAUUCCUAUGAAUCCAUUUUCUUUAUGCACAUGUAGGAACGGGAAUGUAUCAGACUUCUUUGUAGUGCUUGGAAAGUAUUUUUGCAUGUGGCCGAAAACUUGAGAAAUUCUUUGAUGACUGAGGUUAGUCUAAAAUGUACCUCAGUCAUUGUCAGUAACACUGAUUGUAAAAUUGUAAGAAUGAUUUUGUGGGUUUAGCACAGAUUUUAAGAUGGUUGACGCUUCAAUAAGCCAACUACAAUGCACCAAUUUCAUUAGUUUGAGAGAUCUGAUCUGAAAUUAGGGAGGUGGCUAUCCAUCUAUGAAUUUUGAUUGACGAGUACCUUAUGAGGAGACAAAGUCCAGACUUAAGUUUACUUACUUUGAAAGGGAAAGUGAUCUCGGUGUGGGAAUUCUGGUAUUGGUCUACUCAAAAACACUAUCCACAGGCCCCAAACACUAAAUGCCACUUUGAGGUUUGUGCAGUUCAGACAGGACCUAAUCUGGUGGCAAGUGUAUGGACAUGUCCAUUGAUCAGCCUGAUUCGCUAUUUGAAUUUCAGGCACAACAUUUUGCUAAUUACAAGUACAAGGCUUCCAGACAGGGAAAUCGAUCAUUUAUUUCACACCUGUCCUUACAAAAUUACACUUAAAAACACCAAGUAAGUUUGGGAUAAAACUGUAUAUAUAUGUGUAUAGUGUCAAUCAGAUGAAAGUUGUGUAUAUUUUACAAGUCCUUCUAAAAAAAAACCAGCAUGCCGUCCAGUGGCUUUCCAAAUUCCGUCCUGUAAAUUCCUUCAUGCUUUUAUGUCAAUAAACAUGUUUUGCUUCAAAAAAGUAAAGA